AUGAUAGUGGGUGGCGGUAGUGGUGGUGGCGGCGGCGGCGGUGGUGGUGGUGGCGGCGGUGGUGGUGGUGAUGGUGGUGGUGGUGGUGGUGGUGGCGACGGCGGUGGUGG